AUGAGUCUCUUAACUUGGAACUGCCGAGGGCUUGGGAACCCUCGGUCAGUUAGAAUCCUUAGGAAUCUUACUAAGGAAAAGAACCCAUUCUUAGUUUUCUUGAUGGAAACUAAGAGCAGGAAACAAAAACUUGAGGAAGUGAGGUUGCAGUUGCAAAUGUAUGGGUGUUUUGCAGUCGAUAGUGUCAACUUAAGUGGAGGAAUUGCUCUUCUGUGGAGGGAGGAAUGGCAAGUCAAAGUCAUUAGCUACACAAAAUGGCACAUAAGUGCACUAGUACAUGAGGUUGAAACUGGUCAAACAUGGCAGUUCACAGGCUUUUAUGGACAUCCGGUAACUGCAAAGAGAAAGAGCAGCUGGACCCUACUUGAAAUGCUAAAACCAUCCAACCCUACUGCCUGGCUCUGUGCCGGAGAUUUCAAUGAAAUAUUGGACCAAAAAGAAAAGGUAGGAGGAGCUAGAAGACCUUAUAACCAGAUAGAAGACUUUAGAAGAGCAGUAGAAGCAUGUGACCUCAGUGAUAUACACACUCAGGGAACUCAAUUUACCUGGUCAAACAAUAGAAGUGGGGGAGAUUUCACAAAGGAGCGCUUAGAUAGAGCGAUGGCAAAUAAAGAAUGGAACUUGAUGUUUAGUGAUGCAACCUGCAGUGUACUAGCAGCAGUAAAAUCAGAUCACUCUCCUUUGCAUGUCACAAAACAGAAGCCAAACAGUGGCAGGAAGAGAAAGAGCUUUUGCUUUAGAUAUGAAGCAGCCUGGGAUCUAAGUGAAGAAUGCCAAAGAGUUGUUUCUGAGGGGUGGAAGAGCCUUAAUCUUGGAGGGCAUGGGGCAGGUACAGUGAGACAUAAACUGGAGGCAUGCCAAAGGGGUCUACAGAAGUGGCAGCAAGAAACGAAGUUUUCCAACCAGAAGGCCACCAAAAUAGCUUUGGACCAGAUUCGACACUACCAACAAGUUGGGACUGGCACACAUAUCCCCUCCAUGAUUCAAUUACAGAAAACAGUAGAAGAUUCAAUGGCAGUUGAGGAGCUAAAGUGGCGUCAGAGAGCCAAGCAACACUGGCUGCAGUUUGGUGACAGAAACACACGGUUCUUUCACUUACUUGCAUCUCAGAGGAGAAAAACUAAUACCAUAAGAUGUGUGGAGGAUCCUCAAGGUAGGAUUGUUGCUGAGCAAGAGGAAGUAGGGGAGGUAUUCACAGGUUAUUUUUCUUCCCUUUUUAGAACUUCUGUCCCAACUGGCUUUGAAGAGUGUUUGGGGUCUAUGUGCUCAAAACUGAAUGAUGAGAUGGCACAGUGGCUUAAAAAUCCCUUCACCAAGGAAGAGGUAAGAGAGGCAGCCUUUCAAAUGAACCCUCUUGGCUCUCCAGGCCCUGAUGGGUUCCCUGCCCACUUCUUUCAGAAGCAUUGGGAGGUAGUUGGAAAUGAGGUCUGUCUUUUUGCCCUGCGGGUACUCAACCAUAAUGGCUCUCUUCAGGAAGUCAAUGACACUUAUAUCUCACUCAUUCCAAAGGUUGCAAGGCCAAAGAAAGUUGGUGAAUACAGGCCAAUUAGUCUUUGCAAUGUUAUCUACAAGAUUGUUUCAAAAACAAUUGCAAAUAGGUUGAAAGUGAUAUUGCCUAGACUCAUCUCCUUGAACCAAAGUGCUUUUGUGCCGAAUAGACUCAUUUCAGACAAUGUUCUAGUUGCCUAUGAAGCAUUACACUCUAUGAAGUCAAGGAUGUCAGGGAAAAAAGGGUGCAUGGCCUUAAAGUUAGACAUGAGUAAGGCUUAUGAUAGGGUAGAGUGGUGUUUUGUCAAAGCAGUUAUGGUAAAGAUGGACUUCCCCUCCCAUUGGAUUAACCUCAUUCAAUCCUGCCUCAACUCAGUUUCAUACUCUAUCUUGGUUAAUGGGGAAGCUCAAAGGAAGUUUAGACCCUCUAGAGGCCUUAGACAGGGGGAUCCCAUGUCCCCUUAUAUCUUUAUUAUGUGUGCUGAAGCUCUCACAGCUUUGUUGAACAAUGCAGAACAAUCUGGUCUAAUUACACCUGCACCAAUAGGGAGAGGUCCCAUAUCGGUCAACCACCUAUUUUUUGCUGAUGAUAGCCUUCUCUUCUGUCAAUCCAACCCCCAAGAGCUGGCUACUGUGCUUGACAUUCUCACAGUUUAUGGUAGAGCCUCAGGCCAAGUACUCAACAAAGAAAAGUCUUCCAUUUUCUUUAGCAAAAACACCAGUCGGGGUGUGAGGGACCAAGUUCUGAAACAGGCAGGGGUAAAUUCUUGUAGCAACUUUGAAAGGUACUUGGGAUUACCAGCACUUGUGGGUAGAAGGAAAAUUGCAGAGUUCCAUAAUCUUGUGGACAGGACUUGGGCUCGAAUUACUAACUGGAAAGCUAAGUUCCUAUCUGCAGCAGGUAAAGAAGUUCUUCUCAAAGCAGUAUUGCAAGCCAUCCCUACCUAUUCCGAGUAUUUUUCUGAUUCCAAGCUCAAUAACAAGAAAGUUGAAUCAAUUACUAAGGAAGUUCUGAUUAGUCAUAGCAAAGAGAGUGGGGGGCUUGGUUUUAGAGACUUUAGAAGCUUCAACUUGGCUUUACUCUCAAAGCAAGGGUGGAGAAUCCUUCAGAAUCCCACUUCUCUAGCAGCAAGGGUACUCAAGCAAAAGUAUUUUAGCAAGACUAAUCUGUUGGAAGCACAAUUGGGGUCAAGACCAUCCUUUGCAUGGAGGGGUAUCCAGGCAGGUUUGGGGAUUCUGAAAAAAGGCCUCAUAUGGAGGGUAGGGAGUGGAAGCAAGGUGCACAUAUGGAAGGAUAGCUGGGUCCCUUCCCUCCCUGCAUUCCAGAUUACAUCUCCUCGACCAGUUGAUUGCAGGUGUGAUCAGGUCAGUGAUCUCAUUGAGGUACACUUGAAGACCUGGAAGGACUCACUCUUACAACAGCUAUUUUCACCAAGGGAGGUUGAAGCAAUAAAAGCCAUUCCAGUAAGCGUGGGAGGUAGAGAGGAUAGGAUGGUUUGGCCGUAUACUACCAAUGGACAAUACUCAGUGAGGAGUGGAUACCAUUUCCAUCAACAAUUGGAGGAUGAAUUGGAAGGGGAGUCAUCAAAUAGAGCUCGGGACAAGCAUAUUUGGAAGGGUAUAUGGAAGCUGAGAAUCCCUCCUAGGGUCAAGAUGCUUGUGUGGAGAGCAUGCAGUGAGGCAUUACCAACCAUGGCAAAUCUGAAGAGAAGGAAGAUUGUGGGUGAUGACUUGUGUUUUAUCUGCAAGCAAGAACCUGAAACUUCUAGCCAUGCAUUAUGGAGCUGCCCUGCUACACAAGAUGUUUGGACCCAGAGCAGCAAAAAGAUCCAGAGGAUGGUGUGCCAUAGUGACUUCAUCUUUGAUGUGUGGUCUCUCCUUGCUGAGAAUUUGGACUCUAGUGAGUUAAUACAAUGUGCUGCAGUUUUGAAGGGUGUCUGGUCCAGGAGGAACGGUGUCCUCCAUGGAAAGAACUUCUUGCAUCCCACAAGUGUGUUUCAGAAGGCAGUAGAAGAGGCUAGAGCUUAUGAAGAAUCUGUCACACCCUCAGGUGAAACCAGUGAAAGUGUUCCAGUAGUCAUCCAGAGGUGGAAGAAACCUGAAAGUAACUGGUUUAAACUUAAUUGGGAUGCUGCAGUUAGAGACAGGGAGGGGCGUAUUGGCAUAGGUGCUGUGGUCAGAGACUCCCAAGGUUUGGUUAUAGGUACUCUCCGUGCUCAAAGGUCUCUCAAAGGCUGUUCAUCGGAUGCUGAAGCUUAUGGUCUACUUGUGGCUGCAGUUUUUUGCAAGGAACUUGGUCUGCAGCAGGUCUGUCUUGAGGGUGAUUCUAAGCAUGUGGUGAAUCUGUUACUUAGCAAGGAAGUGGACUGGAGCAUGGGGGGUUGCCUGGUUGAGGAUGCUAGGAAAAUACUAAACUCAAGCAUCAGGUGGACAGCGUCUCAUGUCAAAAGGGAAGCAAACAAGGCUGCCCACCAGCUAGCAAAGUCGGCUUUGGUGGAGUCCGAGGAUAUCUAUGAUAUUGAAGUGUGUCCUCAAUGCAUUGUUGCUGAGUAUAGUGAAGCCAUUCAGGCUAGUUGCAUACCCGGUAGGGUAUUAAUGGUGAUAUCUGGAAAAAGAGGCCGGAGGGGAAGAAUUAGACCUCGACGUCUGCUCAUAGUAGCAAGCCCUAGUGAUGAAGCUCCAGUUCAGGUGCCUCCAACAAGGAGCCUAAGGGAUUUCGUCAAUCCCAUAUUUAAUGCAUCAACUGGAGCAGUACUAGCAGUGGGCAAAGAAGUUCCAGAUUUGGUGCAUCCCACGAGGAGCCUAAAAGAUGAGGAGGAUAUUUAUGUUGAUGCCUCACAGGAAGCAGUACCAGCAGUGGGCAUAGAAGAGUCUCAACCCGAUGUACAACAUGAUGGAAAUGAGGGGGCUAACAGCACAGUUACAGUGCCACCCAUAAAAAAAAGAGGUAGAGGGCCUGCUAAGGGUACUAUGUUUGAGAGGUUACGAAAGAUGGGGAAGAUCCCAUUAAAUAUAAAGGAUGGGCAUAGAGGCCCAUCAUGCAAAAAUGCCACAAUAUUCACUAGUCAGGCUGACUUCGUGUUGGAUUGGAGUAGAGACAAUCAUCGCGAAGCUGUAGUAAACACACUAGCUGAUAGGUACAACGCUUACCACUAUGAAUUACACAAUCACUACAAGAAAUUUGCUUCGCAUGAGGAGGCAUUAGCUGGUCGGAAGGAAUGGGUGGAGCCACAUGUAUGGGAGUGGCUAUGUCAAAUGUGGGCCAGCCCCAAAUUCAAGAAUCUAAUGCUUGAGAGGUUGGGUGAGAAAGAAACUGAAGAGGAUGUUGAACUUGACAAUGGUGAUGUUUUCAAAGAGGUGUUGGGGUUCAAAUCUAGCUAUGCACUAGGGCUGGGCCACUCUAUCAUACCUGAGCCCUCCCUGCUCCUGAAAAAGAACAAGGCAUUCAAACGUAUAGCUGAGGAGAAUGAAAGGAACAAGGAAUCUACUGACUUCUAUAAGAGUAAACUAGAAGCACUGCUGGGUGAUAUGGCUGAGCUGUGA